ACGAUGACAAAGCAAAAUGGCGUUUGACGGAAAAGGCCUAAACGUGGCCAUUAUUGUUUCUCUAUUUGUAUUUAGUGCAUACAUGUACGCAUAUAUGUCGUGUAGUAUAUGAAACAUUGUUAGUCAUUGUUUGUAUCCGGAUACAUUAGUCUGAGCGCACUUUAUCAAGUCUUGUGCUAGCUUAGCUUAGCGUGCUAGUUAGUUUAGCUUGUUAGCUGCUAACAAAGAGACGCGGACGUUAUCAACACAUCGCUAAGUAGAGAUCAAAUGUGAGUGUAAAGUGUUGUGAUUGUGGGAAAAUGUGCGAAAGGACGAUAGCAAAGUAUGAGGAGGAACUUUGUCCAACAAAAGAGGAGAAGGAGCGACAACAUCAACUCCUGGACGCUGUUUUCAAGAAACAUCAAGUUGUGUUACACAGAACAGACGUCCAGCAGCUGAUUAUUAGCCAGGAUGACCGUCCCCUUCAGUCACAGGAGGGGAGCUUCAGUCAGAAGCAGGAGGAGCCACAGCCCCCCCACAUUAAAGAGGAGGAAGAAGAAGAAGAACUUUGGGACAAUCAAGCAGGAGAGCAUCUUCUCAAGCCAGAGGAGGAGAAUUUUACCAAGUUUACACUGACUGUUGUCUUUGUGAAGGCUGAAGACCAUGAAGAGAAACCACCUGAGUCCUCACAGCUUCAUCACAGUCCAAGAGAGGAGAACCGAGGGGCAGAACCCUCAAGCAGCACCUCAGCAACAACAACAGAAGCUGAUGGAGACCACUGUGGAGGAUCACAAGCAGACAAGCUCUUAGCUCCACUAUCAGAUAGUGAGGAAACGUCGUCACACUCUUCUAAGGAUGAGGGCACCCAAGAACCUUUGAGCAAUACAGACCGUGAAGAUAUGAGAACUCACAUUGACAACAAACACUCUGAAUGUUCCAAAAAGAAAACGGGUAAGAAAAGUUGUAUCUGCUCAGUUUGUGAUAAAAACUUUUCUUAUAAAAGUGAUUGGACUCAACACAUGCGCACGCACACUGGAGAGAAACCUUUCAUUUGCUCAGUUUGUGGCAAGAACUUUGCUCAGAAGUUCUCUUUGACGGGACACAUGCGAACGCACACUGGAGAAAAACCUUUCACCUGCCCAGUUUGCGGUGAAAGCUUUUCUUUUAAGGGCAAUUUGACUCGACACAUGCAGACACACACAGGAGAAAAACCCUUUAGUUGUUCAGUGUGCGGGAAAAGCUUCUCUGAGAAGUCCCACCUGCUAUCACACUUAAGAACGCACACCGGAGAGAAACCUUUCACCUGCUUACUUUGUGGCGAAAAGUUUUCUUCUAAGAGGAAUCUGACUCGACACACGCAGACACAUACAGGAGAAAAACCCUACAGAUGCUCAAUUUGCGGUAAAAGCUGCUCUCAAAAGACCAAUUUGGUGUCCCACGUAAAAACGCACACCGGGGAAAAACCUUUUAUCUGCUCAGUUUGCUGCGAAAGCUUUCCUUCCAAGAGGAAUUUGACCCGACACAUGCAGAGACACUCCGGCAAAAGUAUUUUAGGAAACGCGGUUUUGGCUUUGUGAAUAGUAUUUUUGUUGUGUUUUCAUUGUAAACAUUCCAUAAGGCGGUGUCAUAUUUUCAUUUCAUUUUUUCCCUCACCUAAGAAAAAAAGUGUGGAAUUUUUACAAUAUAGAAAAAAAAUAAAUACAAGUUUUAAGUAACAAUAAAAUACAUUGGUGGAUAUAAUACUUAUAAACAAAAUUGCUAUAAAA